UCAGCAGGAGGAACCCUGCAACACUGCUUAGGGCUGGGACUCCCUUUGGACUGACACAUUACCACUUCCUUCCCAGUUUAUGGGAUGGCCAUCUGCAUUCUCCUCGCUAAGAUCUGCUGACGGGAGCUCUGAUUCCAGAUCCCCGCCCCCAGCCCUUGCGGGGAGCGCUGCCCUCCGCGCCACCCCUCCGCCUCCUCCGCGCUGAUUGGCUGCCGCUGCUGCUCGUCAAGUCCCGCGACUUCCCCUUUGCUUCCCAUUGGCCGACUCCCGGCGGCGCCGCCCAAUGAGGAGCGGAACUCCACCCCCGCGGUGGCGGGAAAACGCUCGGUUUUGGCGCCAAAGGAGGUGUGUGGAGCCCGUUUUGAUCGGGGCCGGCGUUUGGGGUCGCCGCCGGGGGUCUCUUAGGAUCCAUUCGGGAUCCCGGUUCCCGCCUGUUUGCUACCGCCUCCUGGCACCAUGGCAGCCCCGGAGGGCGGGUUGGACGACGCGGAGCUGCGAGAAGCUCAGCGGGAUUACCUGGAUUUCCUGGACGAUGAGGAAGAUCAAGGGGUUUAUCACGGCAAAGUACGCGACAUGAUCAGCGACAACCAGAACCGCCUGCUGGUCAACAUCAACGACCUGCGGAGGAGGAACGAGAAGAGAGCCAGCCGGCUUUUGAACAACGCCUUUGAGGAGCUCAUCGCCUUCCAACGUGCUCUGAAGGACUUUGUUGCCUCUGUUGAUGCCACCUAUGCCAAGCAGUAUGAGGACUUCUAUAUUGGGCUGGAGGGCAGCUUUGGUUCCAAGCACGUCUCGCCACGGACGCUGACUGCCUGCUUCCUGAGCUGCAUCGUUUGUGUGGAGGGCAUCGUGACAAAGUGCUCUCUGAUUCGUCCUAAGGUUGUCCGGAGUGUCCAUUAUUGCCCAGCCACCAAGAAGACUAUUGAGCGCCGAUACACAGACUUGACAUCCCUGGAUGCUUUCCCUUCCAGUUCUGUCUACCCUACAAAGGAUGAGGAGAAUAACCCCCUGGAGACAGAGUUUGGCCUCUCAGUCUACAAAGACCAUCAGACCAUCUCCAUCCAGGAGAUGCCUGAGAAGGCACCAGCAGGGCAGCUGCCACGCUCAGUGGAUGUCAUUCUGGAUGAUGACCUGGUGGACAAAGUGAAGCCUGGAGAUCGCAUCCAGGUGGUCGGGACGUAUCGCUGCCUGCCAGGAAAGAAAGGAGGUUACACGUCGGGGACAUUCAGGACUAUCCUCAUUGCCUGCCAUAUCAAGCAGAUGAGCAAAGAUGCUCGGCCUCUCUACUCUGCUACUGAUGUGGCCAAGAUCAAGAGGUUCAGCAGGAAUCGCUCUAAGGAUAUCUUUGACCAGCUGGCCAGAUCCCUGGCACCCAGCAUCCACGGGCACGAGUUCAUCAAGAAGGCCCUUCUGUGCAUGCUGCUUGGAGGGGUGGAGAAGGUCCUGGAGAACGGGAGCCGCAUCCGAGGAGACAUCAACAUCUUGCUGAUAGGAGACCCUUCUGUGGCCAAAUCCCAGCUGCUGCGCUAUGUGCUGAGCACUGCUCCCCGUGCCAUUGGCACUACUGGCAGGGGCUCCUCUGGUGUUGGCUUGACUGCUGCUGUCACCACCGACCAAGAAACCGGUGAACGGCGUCUGGAAGCGGGGGCCAUGGUGUUGGCUGACAGGGGUGUGGUGUGCAUCGAUGAGUUUGACAAGAUGUCUGACAUCGACCGCACGGCCAUCCACGAGGUGAUGGAGCAGGGCCGUGUCACCAUCGCCAAGGCCGGCAUCCACGCUCGCCUCAACUCCCGCUGCAGCGUCCUGGCAGCUGCCAACCCCGUCUAUGGCCGGUACGACCAAUACAAGACGCCCAUGGAGAACAUUGGCCUGCAGGACUCCUUGCUCUCCCGUUUUGACCUGCUGUUCAUCAUGCUGGACCAGAUGGACUCUGAGCAGGACAGGGAGAUCUCGGAUCACGUCCUGCGAAUGCACCGCUACCGCAACCCCAAUGAGCAGGAUGGGGAUGCCAUGCCCCUGGGCAGCGCCGUGGAGAUCCUGGCUACGGAUGACCCUGAUUUUGCACAGGAGGAGGAACAGGAGCUCCAAGUGUAUGAGAAACACGAUGAGCUCCUGCAUGGGCCCAACCGCCGCAGGGAGAAGAUCGUCAGCAUGGAGUUCAUGAGGAAGUACAUCCACGUGGCAAAAAUGAUCAAGCCUGUCUUGACCCAGGAAUCAGCAGAUUACAUAGCAGAGGAAUACUCACGCCUGCGCAGCCAGAACCAGAUGAACUCAGACAUUGCCAGGACCUCCCCAGUCACAGCCCGUACCUUGGAGACAUUGAUCCGCCUCUCCACGGCCCAUGCUAAGGCCAGGAUGAACAAGACUAUUGAUCUGCAGGAUGCAGAGGCAGCUUUGGAGCUGGUGCAGUUUGCCUACUUCAAAAAGGUGCUGGAAAAGGAGAAGAAGCGCAAAAAGCAGGUGGAGGAUGACUCAGAGAAGGAGGAGGAGGAGGAGGAGACGCAGCCUGAGAAGGAGGGCAGGAAGCAAAGGAGGAAGAAGGCACGCACAGAAGGCGAGGAGGAAUCCUACGAUCCCUAUGACUUCAGUGACACUGAGCAGGAGAUGCCAGAGGUCCAGGCACAUACUCCCAAGACACCUGAAGCCUCGGCUACUGGGGAAGCAAAGAAGCCAGAGUUGUCUGACCCACGGUUGAAAGCCUUCAAGGCCGCCUUGCUGGAGGUCUUCAAGUCUUCCCACGCUCAGUCUGUGGGCCUGAAGAGCGUGAUGGAGUCCAUCAACCGUGACAACCCUGAGCCCUUCUCGCUUGCCGAAGUGAAGUUGGCGUUGGCCCACAUGCAAGAUGACAACCAGAUCAUGGUGUCUGAUGACAUCAUCUUCCUAAUCUGAGCCUCGAGGAGGAGGAGGAGCCCAAAUUUUACCUUCACCUCUCCUGAAUGCUUCAUCUGGCUGUGCUGAACUUCGGGAAGCACUUUACUGGCUGUGAAGCUCUCUCACUUGCCACCUCUGAACUGGAGUAUUUGGGAAGAAGUUUGGUUCUGCACAUAGUCAAAAGGAAGAAUUAAUGUGCAAGUUACUGAUCUGCUUGAUGUGUUUUUUAGCUGUGACCUGGGUUAUGUGCAAGCUCAGGUUGGUUUUACUCAAGGCUAGUUUGUCUUCGUGCAGCAGGACUCCCUGUGGCAGGCUUUUGCCCUUAUAAAUCUUUCUUUUCUCCCCAUCUGGGGGCUUUCCAGGCUGGGAGGAGCCUCUUCCCUCCCAGCUUUUCUUACUGUUUAAUUAAAACAAAAACAUGGGUUUAAGCAUUCAAUAGCAGCACUAGUAAGAAGAAAUAUGGGGGGAGGUGGAAGGAAGGAGGGGAUGAGGGAAGUUGGAGAUGGAAUUCUCCUCCAAACCAACAUGCUGCCAUGGUCAGGGAGGGUUUUCAAGAAAACUGAAAUCACAGGUUAACCCGCAGCCAGAGCUGGUGAAGGUUUGGGAUGUUAAAAUUCCAUUAUUUUGUGUUUGUUUUUAUUUUGGUGAAUUUGAGGUUAAGCUUUGGAGAAGGCCCUGAGCAGCACAGACUCUUUCUAUUCUCCUUGCCAGGAUAUCUGCACCGCUCAAGUGCCCUUAUUUGUGUCAGUGACACCAUCAGUGUUAACUUGCAUAAUAAAACCUGUCUGUAGAUAACAUUUGGUCCCA